GGUACUAGAAGUUUGAUUCUCAAUAUUUUUGUUAGUCUUUUCUUGAGUGAGCCAUAUGGUUGAGAAGCUUUAUGUGAUUUUAGACCUGAGAGAGAUGGCAAGAAAUGAAAACCUGAGCCAGACGGGAACAGAAGAUGCAGUAAAUGAUGAUGUACCAUCAGAAUCAGAAUCAGAAUCAGAAUCUCCAAUUCCAACUCCAAGGCCGUCAGAAGUUUUAGAGACUCCCAGUUUAGCUUCUGUUGGAUUACAUUGUAGUAAUGAAGAAUUGCCAAGAAAUGGUGUUAUACAUGAGAUGUCAUGUUAUGGAGCAUCAAACAUUCUUUGGAGUACUGGCUCGUUUUCUGAACCCAUCCCAAAUGGUUUUUACUCUGUGAUCCUGGAUGAUAGAUUUAACCUUUUUAAAAGCAUUCCUACACUGGAGGAACUUCGUGCUUUAGGUGAUGAAGGUCUAAAAGCUGAUGUGAUUGUUGUAGAUUUGGACAAAGAUAACAAGAUUAAGAGGCUAAAGAAGUUGGCCAUUGUUCUAGUACGCUCGAAUCCAGCCAAAGCUGUUAAGAUCAUUGGUGAUCUGGUAAGAAUACCAAAUAAAAUAUAUAUCAUCACAUUUGCUUGUGCCACUAACUGUGGCUCAUGCAAUAAAAAUUUGAUUAUGAAUACGAAUUCUGCUAUUCAGGUUGGUUUGGUUCAGAUAAUUAAACUUAAAGCGAGAGAUUUUUAUAAACUAGCAGCUUCAAGGAGUACUUCAAAAACUAGACAACCACUUGGAAGUUAUGGUUUUCCACUACUAGGACAGAUCAGUCAUGGCUCUUGCCAUGCUCAAGCCAUCUUGUUUAAAGUUCUAGCUGAUGCUGUUAAGCUUAAAAGCAAACUUGUAAAGGGUUGUCCUAGUAAUCUGAACUCUUCUGCUACUGUCGACUCACAAAAUCAUAUGUCUGUUGUGGUUAUGAUCAAUUCUGUGGAAAUACUGGCUCCUAUUUCAGUUGCUGGGAAAUGCUCUUGUCAUUCACCAUUGGAGCCAAAUAGCCCUAUGAACCGAAUAGACCGUGCAAGGUCAGACAGCAUAUGUUUGAUGUGUGACUGUGUCUAUAUAUGGUAUUACAGGUCAGUGGGAGAUGUAAAUGAAUACUUGAUACAGACUCUCUUCUCAAAAGAGCAAGGUGAUAAUGACAGCACUGAGAGCAAUGAUAUCCACAUCUGGAAUGAAGUACUAGCAUCGCCAAUGUUCCAGAACAAACCUUUGUUACCAAAUGAAGAAUGCAUCAUAGAUUUCUCCACUUUGGAACUUGGGACUCGUGUUGGAAGAGGUUGUUCUGCAAAAGUCUUUUGUGGCACUUGGAAUGAAACAGAAGUUGCGGUCAAGAUCUUUAAAGAUCAAGCAGUCACAGUUGAGAACAUCAAAGACUUCUGCAAUGAGAUAUUCAUUCUUAGCCGUCUUCAACAUCCCAAUGUUAUUCUGUUUCAUGGAGUCUGCGUAAAGCCUCCUCAGUUAGCACUGGUCACAGAGUAUGUGGAUAAAGGUUCCUUGUAUCAUUUGCUCCAUUGGACUGAUGAAAUCAAGAACUUAAGCUGGCGUGAGAAGAUAAAUAUAUUGCAUGACAUAUGCAGGGGUUUAAUGUGCAUCCAUGGGAUGGGGAUAGUCCACAGAGAUCUAAAGAGUGGAAACUGCCUGUUAUGCAAUGAUGGGACAGUCAAGAUAUGUGACUUUGGUCUCUCAGUAAUGAUGGAAGGAACAACACUCAAUGACAUUGUACCUGCAGGAACACCAGAAUGGGUUGCUCCUGAAGCUUUCCGCAAUGAGCCCUUGUCGGAAAAAAGCGAUAUCUAUAGCUUUGGUGUUAUAAUGUGGGAGCUAUGCACUCUAACCAAGCCAUGGGAAGGAGUACCACAAGCAAAAGUUCUUAACAUCGUUGCAAAGGGAGCCCGGCUAGAUAUACCCGAAGGACCAUUAGCUAAUCUUAUUGAAGCUUGUUGGUCUGAAGAACCAGAGCAAAGACCAAGCUGUGAAGAGAUACUGACGUAUCUAGCAACCUGCGAGAAGUCUCUUCCCUGAACCUGUGUUAUCUUCUUGUUCUUUGUCUG